AUGUGGCUGUUCUGGGUUGAGGAAGUCAGCAAGCCACACAGAUGGAUCAUUUUACUACUCAUCCCUUUGGCCAUCUAUCUGUGGAUCCCUUUACGAUCGGGAAAAUUAUUUUCAAACCAAAAUCAUUGUCAAGGUGUUGCUCCACAAGCUCUUCAACGUUUCUAUGGAGGUCUGACCAAAAGGACAAAUCUCACUUCAAAUGGGACAUCAAAAGCAGGGAGAAGGUUCCAUGCCUCAUCAAAGUUCCAUCUGAACAAAAAUUUGACCUGUUUCGAUAGAGACACCAGUUCCAAUGUCUUCCGCCGAGGUCGGUACUGGGUGUUCCAAAAUUACCUUCCAGCUCACCAAAGGUUCCAUUGCAAUGAGACAAUUACCUACACAACCCACGCGGAUCCGACCUUCUUCAAUAAUUUAGAACCACUCCUUGAGCGUUGGCAGGGUCCGAUCAGCUUGUCGGUCUAUGCUCCAGGGACAGACUUUAAGAAGGCCGUGAAGGCCAUAUUAUAUCUAAGAGAGUGCUCCCACUCGAAUCUGGUGAAAAACUUUGUAACAUUUCACUUAUUUUUCGAGUACAUUUUCUUGCCACCCAUUGGUGAGAAGAUAAUUCAACCUCAAGAUAUUCUGAAAAUACCUGUAAGAUGCGACAAUUUUACGGCCACAGAAAUGUUGCCCGUGAAGGAAAAGCUGUUCAAAAAUAAGCACAAGCUCAAAUAUCCCGUGAAUAUGGCAAGAAAUUUGGCUCGGGAAUUCGCUACAACAUACUUUGUGUUUCCUUGUGACAUUGAGUUAUAUCCUAAUCCAGGGCUGAUUGGUCACUUUUUGGAUAUGAUCAAAAGAAAUGAUUCCAUCCUCAAACCAUCCAUCCAUCAAGUGUUCCCUAUUUCGGUCUUUGAGAUCCAACUUGGCCAAGCUUUACCAAAAACGAAGCGACAAUUACUGAAAUUAUAUUCCAAGGGCUUGGUUCAAUUGUUUCAUGCCGAAAUAUGCGAGUCUUGCCAUAAGAUUCCCCAUUGGAAUGAUUGGAUGAACGAUUCAAUCUCGACUGAGAUGGCAGUGUUCACAAUCGGCAAGCGACUCGGAUCUUUAAAGAGUUGGGAGCCCUUUUAUAUUGGUACUCACUCCGAUCCAUUGUUUGAUGAGCGUCUUAAUUGGGAUGGCAGACGCGACAAAAUGACUCAGGGCUUUGUCUUGUGCUUAAAAGGCUAUGAGUUUCACGUUUUGAACAACGCUUUUCUAGUCCACAAACCGGGUGUGAAAACAAAGGACAUGAGUCUGGCCGAACGGAACGACACCGCCGUAGUCGAACAAAAUGCCCUGAUCUUUGACAAAAUCGUCCCAGAACUUAAAGCGAUCCAUGGAGCAAGAGCAGGGUGCUCCUUAUGAAUUGCCUCUGAAGACUACCGUAUUCAAAGAUGAUCUUCAAGGUUCCGGCGAUUCCAUUAUCUUCUUAUCGCCAGCGGCAAAAUGUCUGUCAUGGGCUGUUUGGGCAAUCUUAGGUGGCAGGGACAAGUUUUUUUUCUUUUUUUUCUUUUUUAGCACUACCGUGGCCUGAAUCGUGAAUUUAGUAGUUUUGAAUCAACCCAUAGACACUUUCAUUCUAAAAAGUGUUAACUACUCGCCCUCCAGUUCAAUAUCUGCAUUUCAAGUGUAAAGUCAUUGAAUCAACGAACCGGAUCGUCUGUGGCUCGUACCAUCUCAAUGGGCAAAACUAUCCUCACGUAAUAAUCAUCGAUUCAAAGAGAUUAAAGUACGAAUAUAGAAAUUUGACAUUGUUUUGAAUGAAAUGUGUGCCUUAGUGCCUAUGUAUUAAUUCAAAAUUGUAACUGGCGGUUCAGACUAUGGCAGUGAUAAUAAAUGCGGAAAAAGGGUAUCGGUCCAAACUAGUAAGCGAGCCAAACGGCCCAUGGCAUUCUUUAUGCCGUUGGCGGUAAGAAAUCAACAGAAACAUCUAAACCUUACCAAUCAUCUGUCAUUCCAAAGUAAACGUGGAUAAAUCUUAAGACUGAACAUUGGUACAAUCUUCAACGUCAAGAUAUCUUUUUUAUUGGUAUAGAAUGUGUCAAUUUUUCUCCUUUAA